AUGCAGGUCUUGGGGGUAAAGGAUCAGGUUAUGUGUCGUGCUUUCCUACUAACCUUCAAAGGCCUUGCUCAAAGAUGGCUCGUCGCUCUUCCCCCAAGUUCUAUUCGUAGCUUCGAGGACUUGGCCGAUCGGUUCAUGAGCCAUUAUGCUGCCAACAUCAAGCCUCAGAAGGACAUUACGCACCUCGGUGACAUCCAUCAAGAUGAAGGAGAAUCGCUCAAGGCUUACUUGGCCCAAUGGCAAAAAGAAGACCAAGCCAUAGAAGAGGUCGAGGAUCAAACAGCACUCACGUUCUUCAUCGAAUCACUCCGAUCUGGAUAG